AUGACCAUCAUAACCUUGGUAUAUUUUGUAAUUUUAGUUGCAUGUGAGAUUUUCCCAUUUCCAGGGGUAACAACUAGAAUUCAAGUGGGUACUCGGGUUUACAGUGGAUGCAUUCAAGCACGUCAACCUCAUAGUGGAGUGACUCAUGACCAUCAUAAUCUUGUGGAUGCAUUCAAGCAUGUCACUCGUAGUGGAGUGACUCAUGACCAUCAUAAGCUUGGUCCAACUCAGAAGGAUGAUGCUAUUGCUAAUCUUAGACCUAGAAAAGAGUGUGAACUCAAUGAUGCUCUUAGGACUGAUAUUUAUGAACAAGAACAAGAUCAAGGUACUGAAAGCGAUUUUGAAAAUUUUGAGAAAGAAACUCAAGGUCCAACAUGUAUGGAAAAUAUUUGGGGUCGACCUCCUCACCUCCCUAGGCUUCAUGUUGAGUAUAAUGAUAAGGGAGUACCAAUUGAUGGGGAAUGUAGUAAACCUAGUCAUUUCUUGGGCUCAAUUGCAAGAAAUUGUCAGUAUUGUCCAAUAAGCAUGAAAGAUUGGCGUGAGAUUGAGAUCAAAGAUGAGAUUCUAAAUAUUGUGAAGUUACGGUUCCAUGUCCCUCCCAUUGAGGAGAAAAAGAUUUUGAGCUCUGUUGGCCAGAAAUGGAGAGCUUGGAAAAAUCGUUUGAAAGCCAAAUAUUGGUACGAAGCAUCUGUGGAGUCUUUAAAGAAUGAAAGAGAUUUAGAGUUACUCAAAUUGAAGGGAUGA